AUGCCGGGCCGCCUUACAGUCCAGCGGCCUUCUCCGACGACCGUCAGCUUUACCGUCUCCAAUACGCCGCGGCGAUCCAAAUCCCCCGCGAAGAUCCUCUUUGGCUUCCAGAUUCUCCUGCGCGCAUUCCUCUUCUGCUGCGUCAUCGUGGUCGGAAUUGCACGGCUUCGACGACAAUUCUUUGCGGAGGGGAAGCUCAUUAUUAUACCUUGGCAAGAUGUGUGGUCGAGUCCUCUCGGGCUGCAUGUCUGCGGCUUGGUGGACGCAUAUAACCCGUGGGUGAUUACCGUGUUAUGCGCAUUGGUUGUCUAUGGAGUUUUCAGGAGGAGCUAUACCGAGGAAUCGCUCCUAGUCAUCCGAGGCUUUGGAAUCCAGACCUCAACGUCGUCCUCCACCUAUCUUUCUACGGCUGCGACAAGAUUCAUUCCUACAACACAAAUCCAAGACAUUGUGAUCCAUGAGGCUUUUAAGGGAUUUGAGGUCCGGUUCUACCUUGCUGUCAUUGUGGAGGGAGAGCCCGAUGUUUUGGUGGUCUUCCCAGUCAGUUGUCCCUCGACCAGCAUCCGUUCUGCGUUAACAUGGAUUUUGAUUCAGCAACUGCUUCCAAAACGGGAGAUUUUAGAGGAAGUCUGGAGAGGCUCCCGACGUUGUCUCUACGAUGCGAAGUCAUGA